CGAAGAUAACUAACGCCAGAUUUCCAGGUGAUUCGGGAGAGCACGCCCCAAACGCCUCGUUUGUGUCAUUCAGUCGGUCUCCGAGAGCGAUGCCGCGCGUGCGGUCGGACGGAAUAUCCGCGCGUCGCGUCAGCCAGCUUCCAAUUUUGACAUUUAAUAUAAUAAUAUUAAGAAAUAUCGUUCAAAGUAAAUGUUAUUGAUUGGUGAUCAGUCAGAAUGGUAAUGUCGGUCAUUGUCGAUUAAGCCAGUCAGCACUCAACAAUGAUUCGUACGACUUGAAUGCAAUUUCUCGGGAGAUAUGAAACGGCCAGCACGUAGGCUUAUUGUGCUCCUCAUCUCAUUCUACGCUUAUCUAUUCGUAGGUGGAUUGACUUUUAGCUAUUGUGAAAGCGGACACGAGAAUAAGAAGAGGGAUUCGUUCUUACUUGACUUGGAAAGUUUUAUAGAGGAAAAUACAUGUGUGACGAGUAAAGAACUUGAAUCAUUGGUUGAGUUGAUUAUAGAAGCAGAUAAUAACGGAGCCAUUUUCAUAGCGGAUGGUGACUUCGUUAACGACUCACACUGGCGAAUACCUAGGGCUCUUUUCUUCAGCGCAACUACUAUAACCACGAUUGGCUAUGGGUAUAUAACCCCAAAAACGAAAAAAGGGCAAAUGCUAUGCAUCGCUUACGCUUUCUUUGGUAUCCCGUUGACGGGAUGGCUUUUAUCUGUUAUUGGGGACAUGUUCGAGGGAAAGGUAAAAGACUUCGUUUUGCGACUCAACUCUUGUUUGCUACGAUUUAUAAGUGGACAGCGAUUACGUAAUAAUUUGAUCUUGAUUAUUACUUGUACACUCGUAUCGAUUGUUAUUUUGAUUCUACCAUCAGUACUCAUUAUUUUAACUAUUGAACGCGACUGGAGUUUUAUUCAAGCAGUUUACUUUUCGUUCAUCACUCUAAGCACCAUUGGGUUUGGUGACCUUGAGGUCGCUUCGCGUAUCAGGAGUGAUGGGUCUGUUUCCAAGACAGUACUUCACAUCUUCUAUGCAAUUGUAGCUAUUUUGUAUCUUCUCCUAGGCCUUGGUGUUUUAGCUGCGAUUUUCAAAGCCACAACAAGACGUUACCAGAAGAAUAAAUUAUCAAAGAGUGUACGAACAAGACUUUGGGGGGCUGUUAAACGAGUAUUAGUCCUGAUGGAAUUGAGGAGAGCUUCAAUUGCAUCUGUAGGCGGAAAUAGUAGCUUUUCUCUCCCGGGUGAUUUAGCCAGCCGUCGAGGUACACUUUUAGCCGUUCCCGAUCUAUAUACUAUAUCUGAAAAUGAAGAGACGUCUAUCAAUACCUCUGGAUCAGGUUUUGAAUGUAUUUUCGAUACGGAGCUUGAGGAUUUGCUAAAGACAAUACUUCAACAACUGGCCAGAACAGAUGACAACCAUAGAAAGGAAUUCUAUGACAUGAUAAAUCGUGCUAGUCGGACAUAGCAGAGGGUUCAGUGGACCCGUCCGUUAAGACCCGCCUCAUAUUGUCGAUAAGGACCCACAGUGUAAAAACAUACGCAAACACGUGCCUUUGUAGGACAACACAUGUGGUUGUGAGACACGCGCGUAUUCCUGGCCCUGUGUUCUGAUUGGUCAGUUGAUUGAAAGUUUGAUUGACACUCUGGGAAGGUCCGUUACCUCGUUACAUUGGUCCAGACACAUCAUACUUAAAGGAUAUAUCACUUUUAUUUCGAUAUCUUUAUUUCAGAUAUGAUAUAUUGAUUAAUAUUAUUUACUUAAAUGUUUAGUUCAAUUUAUUCUAUAUGUGAUACGGUAUAUAUAUAUA